AUGGCUGAAUCGGGAGAGAGCCCGAAGGGCAUCCUGUCGUCUCCAAGUACGUCUACGCCUGUUCUGCGGCGCGCCCGAGUCGCCUGUAAGGCCUGUAAUGCCAGGCGAGUGAAAUGUGAUGCGGCUGAUGGGCAACCCUGCUGGCAUUGUCGCACUCGGCAAACGCCUUGUGAAUUGAUUGAAUCGAGACGAGGCAAGUACACUCGGAAGCGGCACACCCGAGCUCGAGAUGUAAAUGAUUCUGCACGGUCACAGGAAACCAGGGAUCCACCUGCCGGUAGACGGGUCCAGAUGACCCCGGUGGCAGUGGCUCCUGGCGCUACCCACAGCACAAUCGAUUUGGGCCAGGCCGAUCCCGUCCCCAGAACAACCGCACCAGGAGGACAUGAUCGGGACAGUGGCGUUGAGAUACCCCUUGCGGGAAUGGCCGACAUUGAUGGUAGAGACCGACCCCAGAACUGCCAAGAACAGUCGCAUCCUCGCUCACAACCGUCGGGCGAAUCUGUGAAUUUAUCGUACGUCGUCGAGGUGGUCUAUAGUCCCAAAGAUGGUUCAACCGAGCCCUUGAAAGUGCAUUACCCCAUCCCGGCUUCUAUUGCAGAUCGACCAGAUACCAACCAUGCACCACGGAUUGAAGAACCGGUCUCCUUGCAAGAGGCUUUCACCAUGCUACCCUGCGACGUGGCUGACCAACUAGUACAAGUGUUUUUCCACAAGCUCCACCCGGCAUAUCCAGUGUUUGAUCGACAAAGGUUUAUACGGUUGUACCGCCAGGGCCAAGCCUCUCCACUUGUUCUGCAGACUAUUUUCUUCUUGGGAUUUACGGUUGGCAGUGAAGAACUGGUUCACGCGGCUGGCUAUCCUGACCGAGCCACUGCCAGGAAAACACACUACCUUCGGGCAAAGGCAUUGUAUGAUGCCGACUACGAGAAUGAUCGAAUGAAUCUUGUGGCCGUCCUUCUCCUCUUUGGAUUCUGGUGGGCUGGCCCCGAAGACCAGAAGGACACCUGUCAUUGGAUUGGAUGCGCGACAGCCCUCGCCCAAUCAUUAGCACUGCACCGGCAUCACGUCGCAGUCCGCGAUGAGUCAACCCAUGAGGUCUUUGAGAAAGCGGAUUUGAUGCGUGACCGGCAUACCUCUGCGGCCUUUGGCCGGCCCUGUCGCAUACGGGAUGAGGACUGUGAUAUUGAGGACCUAGAUGAGGAUGACUUCAAAUUUGACGAUGGCUAUGACCAGACACUCAUCCCCGUCCAGACGAGCUUUCAUAUCGCUUAUGCGCUUCAAAUGACAAAAUUAGCCACAAUACUUGGCGAUAUCCUUAUUGGCGAGUUCAGCCCUCGUCGUGCUGCACUGGAUAAAUAUGAUACGGAAAGGCUUGCUGGAAGACUUGCCCAGUGGGAAUCCCAGUUGCCGGAUGAACUCCGAAAGACGACACCGGAUGGAUCAGUGGGUGCAUCGUUCUGGGCGUCCAUGUUACACUUCAGCUACCAAAACUGCCUCAUCCUUCUAUUUCGACCCAAGGCUAUCGAAAAUCUGUCUCCAGCAGAAGCCGAAUGUGAUGUCCGAGGACGCAUGGCUGCUGACACCAUCACCCGUCUUGCAGAGGACCUUUUAGGUGCUGGGAUGAUCAAGGCAGGGUUAAUCCACCUUGUCCCGGCUCUGUUCUCUGCGCUCUCCGUCCACACGAUCGUCAUCUGCCGAAGGGACCCCAUACGUGGACAACUGGCCGAAAACAAGUCCCGACAAUGUCUAUUAGCCUUGAGUGAGCUGGCCAGUAGUUGGCCUGUCAAGAUCUGGAUUGCUAAAGCAUUUAUAAACCUGUUGCGAAGGUUGACGGUACAGGGCUCUGCCUCGAUAAUCAAUGUGUCGUCCAGCAUUGCGAACAAUCGUAGCAACGUAGCGCUCUCGGGUCGUUCGAAUUCAUCGGGGCUACCUCAGGGGCAUAGUCCUAAACAAACUGUGUUGGAGAGUUCCAACAGAAAUGAGCCGAUGACCCAGGCCAGCUACAUUAACGGGCCGCAUCUUCGAGACCUUUAUCCACCGGGAAACUUCCCACAAGCAGCUGAUCACUUUGUGUAUAAUUCCUUCUGGGCAAGCUACCUUGAUAACACGUUCGACGUGGACCUACUUCUACAUAACGGUCUAGGGCAAACGCUAGCUGAGCCCUUCGACGGUUUGGAUGCGGAGGGUGCAAAUUCUCUACAAUUUUAG